AAAUAACAACUUCGCCUAUUGUGACAUCAACUCAAGAAAUAACAACUUCACCUAUUGUGACGGACACAACAUCAAUUCAACCUCAAGAAACAACAACUUCGCCUACUGUGACAAACGCAACAACAACUUCUAUUGGGGCAGAAGGAACGCCUGCUAGUUUUUAA